AUGGCCAAAAGAGUGACUGUCUUAUGGGCCAUGGGUGGACCGUUGGGCCUUCAUCAUACCCUGCUCUGGAUGCUCACCCUCGGUGGCUUUGGAGUGGGUGUGGACCAGAGAGUACUUCCGUAUCCCUGCAUACAUGGGAGAAGCCAACCGGGAGACAGAAGGAGGGAUAACAGGCAGGAAAAGACACCCAUGACCAGAUCUCUACCUGUGAACGUUGCCAGAUUUGCUGGUCAGAUUUCCAUAGGGAUCUAUUUCGGAAUGGUGGCACUGAUCGGCCUGGCCACAUUCAGUUUCUUCUACUUGAUUGUGUUGCCGCUGGGUGUGGGUGCCUGGGUCCAUCUGGUCUCCAGUGUGGGAGAGCAGACAACUGACCGACACAAGACCCUAAUAGCUUGUGUCAUCACCUCCCCUAUUUUCUAUGGCAGCACCAUCUCUCCUCUACCCAUCAGUAUCGCUGCCAGCGUCACAGCAUCGCAGGUUCUGUCAGGAGUGCUGUAUGUGGAAGGUGCAGGAAUCAGGCGCAGGACACAGAAGCUUCGUUCAACAGUCUUUAGUGAAUCAAUACGAGCAAAAGUGCCCGGAGACGAGCGAUACGCACACAGGCGUAAACGAACAGGAAAAAUACUAACGCGCACAACAAGUGCGAAAACCUCUCCUAAAACACAAGGAGGGAAAACCAAUACAGACACGGAGACAGGAAGCUCAAUAACACACAACACAUGACUAACAAAACGAGAACUUAUAGGACACAUAAUCAACGCUAACUAACCACAGGUGUACAACAAUCAGACAAAAGCAAACGAACAUAGAAACAUACAACGGUGGUAGCUAGUACUCCGGGGACGACGACCGCCGAAACCUGCCCGAGCAAGGAGGAGGAGCAGCCUCGGCAGAUUCUGUGACAGUACCCCCCCCUUGACGCGCGGCUCCAGCCGUGCGCCGACCCCGGCCUCGGGGACGACCAGGAGGACGCGGUGCAGGGCGCGUAGGGUGACUACGGUGGAACUCAGUCAGGAGAGACGGGUCUAGGAUGUCCCUCCUCGGCACACAGCACCGCUCCUCCGGGCCGUACCCCUCCCACUCCACAAGAUAUUGGAGACCCCCCAUCCGACGUCUCGAAUCCAAGAUGGACCGAACUGUGUACGCCGGAGCCCCCUCGAUGUCCAAUGGGGGCGGAGGAGUCUCUGCUAUCUCACCUUCCUGGAGUGGACCAGCUACCACCGGCCUGAGAAGAGACACAUGGAACGAGGGGUUAAUAUUCUUAUACUCAAUAGGUAGUAGUAACCUGUAACACACCUCGUUCAAUCUCCUCAGGACUUUAAAGGGCCCUACAAACCGCCGACCCAGCUUCCGGCAGGGCAGGCGGAGGGGUAGGUUUCUGGUCGAGAGCCAGACUCGAUCUCCAGGUGCGUACACCGGCCCCUCACUGCGGUGGAGAUCGGCGCUCGCUUUUUGUCGACGGAUGGCCCGCUGCAGAUGGACGUGUGCAGCGUUCAUCGUCUCCUCCGAGCGCCCUACCCACUCAUCCACCGCAGGGGCCUCGAUCUGGCUCUGAUGCCACGGUGCCAGAACCGGCUGGUAACCUAACACACAUUGGAAAGGGGUUAGGUUGGUGGAGGAGUGGCGAAGAGAAUUCUGGGCCAUCUCUGCCCAGGGAAUAUACCUCGCCCACUCCUCCGGCCGGCCCUGGCAAUACGACCUCAGAAACCUACCCACAUCCUGGUUCACACGUUCUACCUGCCCAUUACUCUCCGGGUGGUACCCCGAGGUAAGGCUCACCGAGACCCCCAGGCGCUCCAUGAACGCUCUCCAGACUCGGGAGGUGAACUGGGGACCUCGAUCAGACACUAUAUCCUCGGGUACCCCGUAAUGCCGGAAGACGUGGGUGAAUAGUGCCUCAGCGGUCUGCAAGGCAGUGGGAAGACCUGGCAUUGGGAGAAGACGACAGGCUUUAGAGAACCGAUUUCACAACGACCAGUACGGUGGUAUUCCCCUGAGAGGGGGGAAGGUCUGUAACAAAGUCCACCGAGAGGUGAGACCAGGGUCGUUGUGGAACGGGCAGGGGUUGUAACUUACCCCUGGGCAGAUGUCUGGGCGCCUUACACUGGGCGCACACCGAACAGGAGGAGACAUAAACCCUCACAUCCCUGGCUAACGUUGGCCACCAGUACUUAGCGCUAAGGCAAUGUACAGUCCGGCCAAUACCUGGAUGUCCAGAGGAGGGUGACGUGUGAGCCCAAUAAAUAAGUCGAUCCCGAACCUCGAGCGGAACGUACGUCCGACCCACCGGACACUGUGGAGGGCUAGGGUCGGUACGCAACGCCCGCUCGAUUUCAGCAUCGACCUCCCACACUACCGGUGCCACUAGACAAGACUCCGGCAGUAUGGAAGUGGGCUCAACGGACCUAUCCUCUGUGUCAUACCGCCGGGACAGGGCGUCUGCCUUACCGUUCUGGGACCCAGGGAUGUACGUGAUUUUAAAUACAAACCGGGUUAGAAACAUGUUCCACCGAGCCUGGCGAGGGUUCAGUCUCCUAGCUGCCCGAAUGUACUCCAGGUUACAGUGGUCAGUCAAAAUGAGAAAAGGGUGUUGAGCCCCCUCAAGCCAAUGUCUCCACACCUUUAGGGCUUGAACCACGGCUAACAGCUCCCUGUCUCCUACGUCAUAAUUACGCUCCGCCGGGCUGAGCUUUUUAGAGUAGAAAGCACAGGGGCGGAGUUUAGGUGGCGUGCCGGACCGUUGUGAUAGCACGGCCCCUAUACCGGCCUCAGACGCGUCCACCUCUACCUGAAAUGGUAAGGCGGGAUCCGGAUGCGCAAGCACUGGAGCCGAGGUAAACAGGGCCUUCAGUCUCCCAAAUGCCUUGUCCGCCUCCGCUGACCACUGCAAUCGCACCGGACCCCCCUUCAGAAGAGACGUUAUGGGAGCUGCCACCUGUCCAAAACCCCGGAUAAACCUCCGGUAGUAAUUCGCAAAACCCAAGAACUGCUGCACCUCUUUCACGGUGGUUGGGGUUUGCCAAUUACGCACGGCUGACACCCGGUCAACCUCCAUCUUCACCCCUGACGCGGAUAACUGAUAACCCAGAAAGGAGACCGACUCCUGGAAAAACAGACAUUUCUCUGCCUUGACAUACAGGUCGUGCUCCAACAGCCUACCCAACACACGACGCACCAGGGCUACAUGCUUGUCUCGGGUAGGCGAGUAAACCAGGAUGUCAUCUAUGUACACGACCACACCCUGCCCCUGCAUGUCCCUGAAAAUCUCAUCCACGAAGGAUUGGAAGACUGAAGGAGCAUUCAUCAACCCAUAUGGCAUGACAAGAUACUCGUAAUGACCCGAGGUGGUACUAAAUGCCGUUUUCCAUUCAUCGCCCUCCCUAAUGCGCACCAAGUUAUAUGCGCUCCUGAGAUCCAGUUUCGUGAAGAAACGGGCUCUGUGCAAAGACUCAGUCAUAGUCGCAAUCAGAGGGAGUGGAUAACUGUACUUCACAGUGAUCUGAUUGAGACUACGGUAAUCUAUGCACGGGCGCAACCCUCCAUCCUUUUUCUUCACAAAAAAGAAGCUCGAGGACGCAGGAGAAGUGGAGGGCCGUAUGUAUCCUUGUCUUAGAGAUUCAGCUAUGUAAGUUUCCAUAGCCCUCUUCUCCUCUUGGGACAGAGGAUACACAUGGCUCCGCGGAAGCGCUGCUCCUGCCUGGAGGUCUAUCGCACAAUCCCCCUGUCUAUGAGGAGGCAAACGCGUCGCCCUCGAUUUACUAAACACAAGUGCCAAAUCCUCAUACUCAGUGGGAAUGCGCAGUGAGGACACCUGGUUUGGACUCUCCACCGAGGUCGCCCCCACGGAAACACCCAAACAUCUCCUCUCACACUGGGCAGACCACUCCUUAAGAGCCCUCUCUUGCCACGAAAUAGAAGGAUCAUGGGUACUCAACCAGGGAAUUCCCAGCACCACCGGAUACGCAGGAGAGUCUAUAAGAUUUAGCUGGAUAGUCUCCUCAUGACCCCCCUGCGUACACAUCCUAAGUGGCGCUGUGACUUCCCUGAUCAACCCCGAUCCCAACGGACGGCUAUCUAGGGCAUGAACAGGAAAUGGGAUGUCUACAGGAAGUAGGGGAAUCCCUAAUUCUAAACAAAAUUUACGAUCAACAAAAUUCCCAGCUGCGCCUGAAUCUACUAGCGCCUUAUGCUGGGAACGAGGUGCAACCUGUGGAAAUCGCACAGGUAUACAGAAGUGCACAACAGAGAGCUCUGGGUAAGUGGGACACCUACUCACCUGGAAGGACUCCCCAGUGCAGGGCCUGCCGUCCUCUCCCCUAGGAGACCCUCCCCAACACCUGGCCACGGUGUGUCCUCCACGGCCACAGUUGGUGCAGGGGAUGGCCCCCCUCGUGCUCCUUCCCCUCUUCUCUCUAGCGCCAGCACCCCCGAGCUCCAUAGGGCUCGGCUCGGAGGUGCUGGAGGGUGGAAUGGACGAACCCCACUCGGAACGUCCGCGGGUGGCCAGCAGGGUGUCCAGCCGGAUGGACAUGUCCACCAACUGGUCGAACGUGAGACUGGUAUCCCUGCAGGCCAGCUCUCGACGGACGUCCUCCCGAAGACUACAACGAUAAUGAUCAAUGAGGGCCCGCUCAUUCCACCCUGCGUCAGCCGCUAGAGUCCGGAACUCCAGUGCAAAUUCCUGGGCGCUCCUCCUCCCCUGCCGGAGGUAGAAUAGACGCUCCCCCGCCGCUUUCCCCUCAGGUGGAUGGUCGAACACAGCCCUGAAGCGGCGGGAGAACUCUGCGUAUGUGAUCGUGGCGGCGUCUAUCCUCCUCCAUUCGGCGUUGGCCCACUCCAACGCCUUGCCGGUGAGACAGGAGAUGAGGGCGGAAACGCUCUCGUGUCCCGAGGGCACCGGGUGUACGGUGGCCAGGUAUAGUUCCACCUGCAGGAGGAACCCCUGACACCCGGCAGCGGUACCAUCAUACGCCCUCGGGAGCGAGAGCCGAAUCCCACUGGGUUCCGGAGCUUGGAUGGGCGGACUGGCCGAUGGUGAUGGCAAGGUAGGGGGAGAUGUGGGUGCCCCUCUGUUCUCCCAUCGGUGCAGAGUGUUUAUUACGUACUGAAGGGCGGUCCCGAUGCGGUUGAUCUGGUCGUUCUGCUCGCGGACGCGCUCCUCCAGGGACUCGGAUGCUAGUGCUGCUCCUGCUGAUUCCAUCGUGGUGUGUUAUUCUGUCAGGAGUGCUGUAUGUGGAAGGUGCGGGAAUCAGGCGCAGGACACAGAAGCUUCGUUCAACAGUCUUUAGCGAAUCAAUACGAGCAAAAGUGCCCGGAGACGAGCGAUACGCACACAGGCAUAAACGAACAGGAAAAAUACUAACGCGCACAACAAGUGCGAAAACCUCUCCUAAAACACAAGGAGGGAAAACCAAUACAGACACGAAGACAGGAAGCUCAAUAACACACAACACAUGACUAACAAAACGAGAACUUAUAGGACACAUAAUCAACGCUAACUAACCACAGGUGUACAACAAUCAGACAAAAGCAAACGAACAUAGAAACAUACAACGGUGGUAGCUAGUACUCCGGGGACGACGACCGCCGAAACCUGCCCGAGCAAGGAGGAGGAGCAGCCUCGGCAGAUUCCGUGACAGGUUCAAACCCCAUCCACAUCCUGGAAGUCAGAACUGGGUAGGUAGGCCAUGACUCAUGAUUUUACAUCUCCAACCUACUAUGUUCCAUAUUACAAUAUAGGCUACAGUCCAUCCAAACCUGCCUAUGAUGGCCUUUUACAGCAAGGACUAUUGAUGUUUCUGCCCCCGGGGAAGUUACUAAUAGAAGAUGUGCAGAUACUAUUGAUGUUACUAUCUAUAGAGUAGUACAGUAUAUUGUCCUUCCUAUGUUUUCAGUAAUAAAAAACACACUUUUCUUCUAGUUGUCUGAUGCUGAAUCAACAAUUUUCACCCUUGUUACUAAUGAUUGUAUUAAUACGUGUCUUUCUCUGUUGUCUAGGUACUCGCCUGUACCGUCUGACUGGCCUUCUCGGCUCCACUGUCAUACUGUAUCUUUCACAACACCACAGCCACUCUCUACUAGCUACCUGUCUGACUGUGUGGCAGCCCUGCUGGACAUGUUCUGGUUCUUCCCCUGGCUCCGCUCGGUGGUGGAGUAUUUCCUGCUGCUACCCUACAGGUACAACCAUGACCACAACUGACUAAAAACAAACAAACAUACAUACAAACAAACUAUGUUUAAGAAGUUGCUGAUUUAAUCGUGUUAGGAGUUUGUUCUUGUGUAUGUGUUUGAGUUUGAAUCCAGGAAGGUUAGUCCUGAUGUACUAAUGGGUAUAUUUUAAACCUAAACUGAAUUAAACUAAAACUAACAGGAUCCUGGGUGCCUUCACAGGCUGGGGUCCCUCAGAGGAGAGCUGGAGGAAAGUGUUGGAGAUACUGCUCACAGAGAACAUCCCGGAGAGGCACUGCAAGUGA